GCCCGCGUCUGAGUGGUCGGCUUCCAGCCAGGCCCAGAAAAAAAUGUUGUCGUCAUCAUUUCUUUCUUUCCAUCAUAUACAGUGGCUGGGGUUGGGAUACUGACACCUUUGAUAGCAACACAACAUGAGCACCAUUUUACGUCGCGCUUACGCCACCAAGGCCUUGAUCCCACCAAAUCUCGCUGCCAGCAGAGCCGCUGGUGGUGCCAAGAAAGAUGCCGCCCGCAUGGGUGAGCUCGUCAGCUUCUACAAGAACUUGCCCAAGGGUACUGCUCCCCAGGUCAAGCCUUCUGGAUUGGUUGGCAGAUACAAGGCCAAGUACUUCGACGGUGAAAACUCUUCUGCUACCCCUGUCGUUCACGCUAUUCUCCUCAUCGGUGGUAUCUCUUAUGCCAUUGACUACCACUUCCAUCUUACACCACAAGAACGUGGAACACCACUAAAUCGAUGAUAUAGAUAGCGUUUGGGAGAACUAGAGUCGAAUGAUGUAUUGUUU